CGACGCGCGUAUAAAAUCUUCUUCCGGUCCCUCCGUCCCUCAGAAAGGAAAAUGGCGGCCGUCGGACGCGUCUACACAGCGCUGCUCAGGUCUUCUCUGACCCAGGCCCGGCGACAGCUCUCUGCGACCGCUGCCGACGGACACGGCGACCUGGCUAAGAAAUGGAAGCUGCUCAGUUUCCUGGUUGCCGUUCCUGGAGUUGCGGUGUGCAUGUUGAACACAUACCUGAAACACCAGAACCAUGACCAUGAGCGACCAGAGUUCAUCCCUUACAGUCACCUUCGCAUUCGCACCAAGCCUUUCCCAUGGGGAGAUGGCAAGAAAUCCCUUUUCCACAAUGCACAUUUGAACGCCCUCCCUGACGGCUAUGAGGAUGAUCACCAUGAGUAAACCCCCCUCCAGAUGUCAUCACUGGGACCAGUUUCCUCAGCGUUUAUUACUGGACCACACUUGCAUUUACAGAUUAAUGUCUUUUGCUUUACCUCUGUGCUCUCUCCUCAGGGCACCCAAACCACCCAUUACCUUCGCUCUGGUCCAAUAAACAAAGAUCCACUUAAACCGAAUUUACCUAAAUAAAUUAACUAUAAUUACUUCA